AUGGGCGACGAGUACAAGAAGAUCAAGGGGCUGCGGAAGAAGGUGGCCUUCCUCCAGCAUGAGCUCAGCGACAUGGACACUCUCCUUGAGAAGAUGGACAAUGCCGAUGAACUAGAUGACCCACAAGCCCAGAAUUGGAGAAAAGAUAUAACUGAGAUGUCCUACGACAUCGAAGACUGCAUUGAUGACUUCAUGCACCGUGUUGGUGAAGCCGAUGAUAAGAUGGGACUCCUUAAGAAAGCUUUUCAGUAUCUAAAAACUUUCAAGGAUCGUGAUCACCUAGCAAAUCAGUUUCAAGAGAUGCAGACCCGAGUGAUGGAAGCAAGUGAACGCCGGAAAAGGUACAUGCUUGAUCAAUGCAUCUCAAUGACCGCCACCCCUGUAGUUGUUGAUCCUCGACUCACAGCACUCUAUAAGGAGUCAGCAAGUCUUGUGGGAUUUGUUGCCCAAAAGAAUGAGCUUGUCAAUUGGGCAGUGGACAACGACAAACAAUUGAAGGUGAUGGCAAUAGUAGGUCAUGGUGGUUUAGGAAAGACCACACUUGCCAAUGAGGUGUAUCACGAAGUUGGAGAGGAGUAUAAUUGCAAGUCAUUUAUAUCAGUCUCUCAAAGGCCAGAAAUGAUAGAGCUAUUGAGCAGGUUGCUAUCACAACUUGGACUAAGCACAAAUUCUCAUGGUUGUCAGGCGCGAGAUCUUAUCAACAACGUUCGAGAACAUCUACAGGAUAAGAGGUACCUUAUUGUAGUUGAUGAUUUGUGGGAUGUGUCAUCAUGGGAUACCAUUAAAUGUAUUUUUCCAGAAAAUGGUAAACAAAGCAGAGUCAUAGUAACAACAAGACAUCAAGAUGUGGCCAUGUCGUCAUGUUCAAGUGGCAAGGGAGAUGUUCAUAACAUGAAGCCGCUCAGUGAAGAAGAAGACUCAAGAAAAUUGUUCAAUAAUAGAAUAUUCGGUCCAGAAGGUGUCUGCCCUCCUCAGUUCCUUGAUGUGUCAUCUGAAAUCUUAAAGAAGUGUGUUGCAAUUAUUACAGUGGCAAGUAUUUUGGCUUGCCAGCCUACAAGACUAAAGGAUGAAUGGGAGCAAAUACAGGACUGUUUAUUAACCUCCCAAGCACCAACAAACUCCACUCUAACAGAUAUGAUGCAUAUCUUAGACCUCAGCUAUAAGUUUCUGCCUCUUUAUCUAAAGGCAUGCUUUCUUUAUCUUGGUAGUUACCCAGAGGAUCAUGAGAUUGAGAAGGAUGAACUGGUUAGAAAAUUGGUAGCAGAGGGUUUUGUGAGUGGCCAAGUCAGGCGAAGCGCAUGGGAUGUUGCAGAGAGCAUGAUUCAGCUUGCUUAUAGAGACUAUGCUUUUUUUAAGAAGCCAUACUACAAGGUGCAUGAUAUGAUGCUUGACUUGAUUCUAAAGAGGCACCUAGAGAGGAUCAACCUUACAUGUGUCACCCAGCUGUCGCAACUGCGUUACUUGAAGGUUGCACGUGAGGCAUGGGGAUUUGAAGAUGUUGCCGCAUGGGAUUGGCAAGGUGAAGACGUUGCGCACUCUGAGCUGGUUUAG